AUGGCUCAAACCAGCACCAGCACCGCCACCGCUGCUGCCACCACUACCACCACCGUCACCACCGAUGUCCUUAUCGUCGGCGGUGGCGGCUGUGGCUUGACCCUCUCCUCCAUGCUGGCAGACUACGGAGUCGAUCAUUAUCUGGUCGAAAGACGGAGUGGCACGUCCAAGCUGCCCAAGGCUCACUACUUGAACCAAAGGGCCAUGGAGGCCUUGCGCCAACAUGGAAUGGUGGACGAAAUUCUGGAAAAGGGCGCGCCCUCGCGAAACUUCAGCCGCGCUCUGUGGAGGACCUCGCUGGGCGGGUCGGGCCCUCUGGAUCGCAGAACCAUUCAUCAGCUCAAUUCGUUCGGAGGCGAUGACGGGUCUCCUACCUCUCAGAUAUACUUUCGAGAUGCCCCAUUGAGAUCCAACAAUCUCCCGCAGAUCCGCCUCGAGCCCAUCCUCCGCCGGCUGGCAGAGAAAAGAAAUCCAGGAAGGAUCCUCUUCUCCCACAAUGUCAUCGAUUUUACAGAUGACGGUGAUCGAGUGUCGGCCACGGUCAAGGAUGAGGAUGGCCAUGAGAUCAUCUACAAGGCCAAGUACAUGGUGGCAGCCGAUGGUGGCAAGAGCAUCGGCCCCAGAAUUGGCGUUGUGAUGGACGGGCCGACCGAUAUUGCCGACAUGGUCUCGACGCACUUUAGUGCUGAUCUGUCCGAGUACUGGGACGACAAAUGGUUUGCCUGCCACUUCAUCAACGGGGACGGCGGCACGGUGCUGGAGAGUGGCGCGGUGGUUCCCAUGGGGCCGACCUGGGGCCGCAAGUCCCAAGAAUGGGUGUGCCACUUUGGCUUCGACGUGGAGGACAAGCAGCGUUACGACGAGAGCAAGCUCAUCCCACGCAUCCGGAACCUCCUCAAAAUCCCGGACCUGGACCUCAAGGUGCAUACCAUCAACCAUUGGAUCAUCGAGCGCGUGCUGGCCAACAAGUUCCGCGAAGGGCGGAUUUUCAUCGCCGGCGACGCCGCCCAUCGCCACCCGCCCACUACCGGGCUGGGCCUCAACACGGCCAUUGAAGACGCCAACAACCUCUCAUGGAAGCUGGCCUGGGUGCUCCAAGGAAAGGCCGACGCGGCCCUCCUGGACACGUAUGACGCGGAACGACGGGCCGUCGGCAAACGAAACUGCGACUGGGGCCUCUUCACGUUCGUCAACACCACGGUGAUCAACGCGGCCAUCGGCUUGAUCAAGGGCGACAAAGAGGGCAACAGGAAGAAGUUUGAAGCCUUGUUUGAGGACUCGGAAUCCGGCCGCACCUUCUUGGCCCAGACAAAACGCAUCACCGAGUCGCAAAACGUCGAGUUCUCCGCCCACGAUUUGGAGCUGGGUUUCCGCUACGACACCGGCUUCCACAUCCCCGACGGCACCGCGCCCCCGGAGACCGAUCCCCUCGGCCAGACCUACAUCCCGACCACGAGACCCGGUCACCGGCUUCCUCACGCCUGGCUGGAAGACCAAGAUGGUCAGAUCCUCUCCACCCACGAUCUGGUGGCCAAGCAUGGAUAUGGACGCUUCCUCGUCAUCACCGACAAUCAAGGAGAUGCAUGGCUCCAAGCUGCCGCAGAAGUGGCGAAGGCCCACGGCAUUCCGAUCGAGACCGCCCAAAUCGGUCAGAACUCGCAGUAUGUCGACCGCGAUGAUAACUGGGAGAAGAACCGGGGAAUUGGGCCCGGCGGCGUCAUUCUCGUCCGUCCAGACAACUUUGUCAGCUGGCGCUCGGUCGGCAAAACGAACCGCCAGGGCAAAGAGCUCGUCGAUGCGGUGAACCAGUUAUUUGCAUUCACGAAACCAAUCACGCUUACAAAUGGACAAGUGAAUGGUAAUGGAACGAAUGGAGCGAAUGGCCUCGGCGCUAAGCAUGAGACUGAUGGCCAUGGCGAUGGAGAUGGCACGCCUGCCGUGGGCUACAAGCUUGCUGAAAUGGAGCCCACCCGACAUGUAUAG